AUGCAACAAAACAUUAAAAAUAAUAUUCUUAUAUGCCACUGGAACGCCGGUGGACUAAAACCUAAAGUAAAUGACUUAAAAAUCUUCUGCCAACAAUAUAGUCCUGACAUCCUUCUCUUACAGGAAACUAAACUUAAACCUAAUGAUCCCAUUAAUAUAAGUAAUUAUGCCUUUUACCAUACCCCUCAGUUGGUGAGUAAAAAGGGUAUUAAAAGGAGAGCAUCCCCCCAUGUAAACCCUCAAAAUGAGCUAGAUUUUCUUGAAGAGUUCACAAGAAAUAUUAUUGAUGGAUAUUCUCUUCUUAAACGAGAAAUCAAUAUGAUAAAAAUGAAAACUGGAACUGCAGAUCCCUCUAAACAAAAAAUAACAUGGACAAAGGGUCCCAAAUCCAAAAUAUUCUUGGAACAAAAACAAAUAAAUUGUUCAGAAACUAAUAUCCCAUUAAAAAAUUCUUUCGAUAUAUUUAGGACAGAAGAUUGUGACUCUGACGCCACCCAGAUAGCCGAAUGGGUGACGACCAAUCAGAACACACCUUCUAAACGAAAAAGAUUCCCGAAUCUUUAUGAAACUCCCAGGAAAAAACAGCCCCUUUUCGGGGAUAAUGAUAACGAUAAUGAAGUUCUGAUUAUUGAUUUAGACAAUGAGCAAGAAAAUCGGCAAGAAAAUGAAUCUAAUUCAUUUCAAAAACCAAAAAGAACUUCAAAAAUACCCCCCAUAGCCAUUAAAGACGACAAAUUUAACUGGAAAAAUUUAUGGGAGGAGCUAAAGCAACUCGGAGUAGAAAACAUUCCGAUUUGUCGACAGACCUACGAUAGUUUCAAUAUCAAACCUAAUGAUGAAGAUCAAUUUAGGAAAAUCACUAAGUAUCUUAGAGAUAAUAAUAUUGCUUUCAAUUCAUCCGAGAAGAAAAUAAAAGUUGUAAUUAGAGGUAUCAGAGAUUUCAAUGAAAAAGACAUUGAAGAUACUUUAAAAGAUCUCGACUAUGAUGUAGAAACUCUCCCUGAGAAAGCGUUUUGCAAGGUCUGCAAAGUGCAGCUGAGAGCUCAUCGAAGUGACCUCACUAAACAUGCAGCUACUGUAAAACUUGUAAGGAAUGCUCGUACUAUAGCUGUACCAACUCAGCGAAAGUUACCUGCAAUAUUUUCUCAAAAGACUGCUACCACUUCUUUUGAAAUUAAGUUAGCUGCAUUUGUUGCUUGCCAUACAAGCAUCCGUAGUGUGGAUCACUUAACAGAACUUUUAAAAAGUGAAUUUCCGCCACAAAGUUCUAGCUCUUCGUCUUCUAGCAUUUGCUUAAAAGACAUUAAACUGCACAGAACAAAAUGUUCUGCCAUUAUAAAGAAAGACAUUGCUCCUGCACUUUUCGAAGAACAAAUUGAAGGUAUCAAGGAUGAAAUGUUUUCAUUAAUAAUUGAUGAGUCAACAGAUGUUUCAUGCGUAAAACAUUUAUGCUUAUGCAUUAGAUAUUAUCAUCCAAAAGACAACAGAAUUGUAUCACAAUACCUUGGGUUAAUACACGUUACAGUGACUACUGCUGAAGUCCUCUAUAAUACAGUGAAAAGCUUCUCGGGCCAGAAUAAAAUUGAAAUCAAACAGUGCUUCGCUAUUGCAACCGAUGGAGCAUCUAAUUUGUGUGGGGUAAACAACUCUCUGUUCACCCUAAUGAAACAAGAUAAUCCUGAUUUAAUUCUGGUUAAAUGUAUAUGUCAUUCACUGCAUCUGGUGUGCUCGCAUGCUUCUGAAGAAUUACCGAGUAACAUUGACUACUUAUUGCGAGAGACAUAUAACUGGUUUCACCGAUCUGCAUUGCGGUGCGACUCCUAUAUGGAAUUGUUUAAACUCAUCAACGAUGGAGAUGAGCCUUUAAAAAUUCUCCCGCUUUCUCCAACACGCUGGCUGGCAAGAAGUAGCAGCAUAAAAAGAAUCAUGCAUCAAUGGGAUGCUUUAGAACUGCAUUUCAAGAUGGUAUCCUCUAACUGUGAUAAAUACUAUGCUAGAGAACUCUCUGCAAUGUAUUCAGAUCCGGUCAAUAAAUUGUAUCUAACAUUCCUCUUACCAGUUCUAACAGAAUUUGAAAGAGUAAACUUACUUUUUCAGAAAGAUAUGGCAGAUAUCUGCAGCAUUUUGCAGGAUUUACGCAGCUUUGUUUUAUCUAUCUUUCGAAGAAUUGCGUGCCCUUCUGCCAAAACUGCUGAGAAUAUCCCCCAAACUAUCACGGAAGAGGACUUGGUUUCGUAUGAGGAUGCUGAUUUUGGUUAUGAAUUUUCAAACUUGCUAGUAGAAAAUUUGGCUUCUGGAAAGAUUUCUCCAGAACAAGCACGUUGCGUGAAACAGCGUUGUUAUCAGUUUCUGAAAAGAGCGUCUAAGGAGCUGAUAAAUCGUAUUCCUGGAAAUAUGGAAAUUUUAAGCAAAAUAGAAAACUUUUCUCCGAAUAUUUGCUUAUCGCAUACACGUCCACCAUUUUCCGAUUUGCCAAUAGAAUUACUACCCCAAAAAUCCCAAAUUGGAGAGAUAGAAAAUCAGUGGCGCCCUCUCUUAACAACAAAGUGGGAAAUUUUUUUUCCUGGUGGUAUUCCUACAAAUGGGAUUGAUUUCUGGUGCAAGGUCACAACAAUUAAAAAUGCAGGUGGUGAUCUUGCUUUUAAGGAAUUAUCUCAGUUCGCAUUAAAUAUGUAUAGUUUACCUAUCAGCAGUGCCACAGUUGAGAGAGUGUUUUUAAGGGUAACGUCAACAAAAACCAAACUUCGAAACAGAAUGGGACUCGAACUUUUAUCAUCAAUUCUUCGAGUUAAAAUGAUGUUUGAAGAUAGAAAUAUAUGCUGCUAUGAUUUUAUACCAUCAGCUAAAAUGCUUAAAUUUAAUUCAUCAAUAUAUCAUGGGGAAUCAUCUACAGAGGAAAAUGAAGAGGCGGAUCACUUAUUUUCGGUUAUACAAUUCUAAUACCUUGUACUACAAUAAUUUUUUCAUUUAGCAUUUUUAGUGGGGUAACUUAGUCAAAAGAAUAUUUCAAAAA